AUGGCGACGGUUCUGGGGGCCAGCACAGAGCCCUCCGAUGCCAGCAAUGUCAUGAAACACGAAGAAGCCAAAGGCGCAACAGUCUACACCUUCAACCCUGAAGAUUCACCCCAGGAGAAGGCAUCUGUGCCAGAGAAACGGGCACAGAAUUUGUCAGUGACUCCCCAACCAGCGUUGGCUGAAAGAGCUGUGAGCUUGGAGAACGGUGCGCACAACGGACACAACGGGGCCAUUCCUACCAUUCGCAUUGAAGAUUCAGAUGCGGACGACGCAAAGGUGGUGGCAGACGACACCACUCAGGUUGCUCAACAAGUGCAAGGGGAGGCUGCGGAGUCCGUACCUGGCGCCAUUCCUGCCACAACCGCAAGUGCACUCCCCGACUGGUAUAUCGUUGGCUGGCGACAGAUGGCCGGAAUCGACAAACCGCACCCUCCCGAAGGGGAAGAGAAAGACAAGUCGGUCCUCGACCAGUUCCUCUCCGAGCAGUACUAUGGUGCAUGGUAUCAUAAUGCGGCGGUAAUCGUAUUCACACAGGCCGUGUUCACCUCCCAUUUUUUCACGCGUUUUGGCUUCGGUUGGGGAUGGAUCUUCGUUCUCUUGGCAGUCUGCAACACGUAUUACACGGCGUCAAUGGAAAGGUUCCGUCGGAACGCACGCGACGACAUUCAACGGGAACUCGUCAAGACUCGAUUGGGCUCAGAACACGAAACUGCCGACUGGCUCAACCACUUCCUUGAACGCUUUUGGCUUAUCUAUGAACCUGUCCUCUCUUCAACCAUCGUCGCCUCCGUCGACCAAGUCCUCUCAGCAUACACCCCUGCGUUCCUGGACUCACUCCGCCUCACGCAAUUCACCCUUGGAACGAAAGCCCCUCGCAUCGAUAAAGUCCGGACAUUCCCUAAGACCGACGAUGACAUUGUCAUGAUGGAUUGGGCUGUCUCUUUCACGCCGACCGACGAGAGCGACAUGACACAACGCCAAGCCGCUGCUAAGCUCAACCCCAAGAUCGUCCUUUCUAUUCGGCUCGGCAAAGGUCUCGCGACUGCAGCACUCCCGGUCCUUGUGGAGGACAUUACGUUCAGCGGGUUAAUGAGGAUUCGAAUGAAACUCGUGUCCAACUUCCCACAUAUCCAAAUCGUUGACUUUUGCUUCUUGGAGAAGCCGGUUAUCGACUAUGUUCUCAAACCACUCGGAGGUGACACAUUCGGCGUUGACAUCGCAAGUAUCCCGGGCCUUUCAUCCUUUAUUCGCGACACAACCCACUCGAUUCUCGGCCCCAUGAUGUAUGAUCCGAACAUCUUCACGCUCAACCUCGAACAAUUACUCUCCGGUCAGCCUCUCGACACCGCAGUCGGCGUUGUUCAAGUCACUAUCCAUUCUGCUCGCGGAAUCAAAGGUGUCAAGAUCGGUGGCGGCACACCUGAUCCUUACGUCUCCCUCUCUAUCAACGACCGCGCCGAACUUGCUCGCACGAAAUGGAAGCAUAAUACGUAUAACCCGACGUGGGUGGAAACUAAGUAUAUCCUCGUCAACAGCCUCCAUGAGCGAUUGGUAUUGGAUCUCUAUGACUAUAACGACCAUCGAAGUGACCAGAAGCUCGGUACCACUGCCUUCGAACUCUCGCAGCUGGAAGACGACGCAACUCACGAAGGCAUCAACGGGCAACUACUCAAGGAUGGCAAAGAUCGUGGAGAAUUGCGUUAUGACGUUUCGUUUUUCCCUGUCCUUGGUCCUGACGCUGAAACUGGCGAGGUUCCUGAAUCCACGGUUGGAAUUGUUCGCCUCGUGAUCCACCAGGCCAAGGAACUCGACCAUACCAAGUCGUUGUCGAAUGAACUCAACCCCUUCGCUAAGGUUUACAUCAACGCCAACCGCAAGGCUUCCUUCACUUCUAAGAAGCUCAAGCACACCAACAACCCUGUCUGGGAGGUCCCUUACGAGUUCCUGUGCACGAACAAGGAGUCGGAUGUUAUCACCAUUAAAGUCAUUGACGACCGCGAUUUCCUCAAGGACCCUGUCGUCGGUUACAUGUCUAUUCGCCUGGAGGAUUUGCUAGAGGCCAAGAUGGAGGGUGGUCGCGACUGGUUCCCGUUGAGCGGAUGCAAGACGGGCAAGAUUCGUGUCAGCGCUCAAUGGAAACCGGUCAGCAUCCCUGGCAGUUUGCAAGGUUCUGGACAAUACGUCCCACCUAUCGGCGUCGUCAGACUUCAUAUCAACAAGGCCGUGGAUGUCAAGAACGUCGAGGCUGCACUUGGCGGAAAGAGCGAUCCUUACGUCCGUGUACAAGUCAGGAAUGUCACCAAGGGCCGAACGGAAGUAAUCAACAACAACCUGAACCCAGUGUGGGACCAAAUCAUCUACAUCCCAGUUCACUCGUUGAAGGAAUCGCUGAUGUUGGAGUGCAUGGACUAUCAGCACUUGACCAAGGACCGUUCGUUGGGCUCUGUCGAACUCACGGUGUCGGAAUUGGCCAAGCAGAGCGACGAUCCCAAAUAUCCAUACGAAUCCACCGGUGUCAAGAACGCAGCAGACCCCAUCCGACUCGACAAGGGCAAAUCAACCAAGGGAACUCUAUAUUACACUGCAACGUUCAUCCCUGCCCUCAAGUUGAAGGACGGCGUCAAGUUCGAGCAGUCUAGUCAACUUGCUGUGGAUGGUGGUGGUGAUAGUGAUGGCGAAGAGGUGUUGGACAAGGGCCCUAAAUCCCCCUACGAUCAUGCCACUCCUGUCCCUCUGACUAUCAAACCCAAGAAGAAGCCGGCUAGUAUCGAUACCUCUGUUGAUAGUGCGAGUGUUAACGGAACGCCUACUACUGCUCGGUCUGGGGAGUUUUCUGCCGAAGGUGAUGGUUCUAUGGUCAGGCCGGAUACGCCGUCUACUGUGCAUAGUACUGCUCAGGAAGAUGGUGGCGUGGAGAUGUCGGUUGACGAGCUUCUGUCGCAGCAAUCUGGUAUCAUUGUCUUCCAUAUUCUGUCAGGUCAACUGCAGAAGAAAGGUCGCAUUGAAGUUUUGUUGGAUGAUGGGUACUGGCCUUGCUUCAGCACCGAGAAGGCUCGUAGCCAUCAGGUGAAAUGGGACACUGUCGGUGAAGGCUUCAUGAAGGAGUUGGACUUUGGCCAAGUGUGGUUGCGCUUGAACGAGGCUGACGAGGGCGACAAGGAUGAUGUCGUAUCAGAAUGGAAAGGCGAUGCAAAGGAAUUCUUGAAGGCUACCUUGGCUGCUCCUCAGAGCUAUGUACUCAUGGAUAAGGACGGAGGGAAAUCAUCGACUGUAGUUGUUGAGGCACGCUUCAUUCCUGUUCCUGUCAAGUUGGAGCCUCGAGAGAGUGUCAACAACCAAGGCAUCCUUCGUGUUGAGCUCCACGAUGGCCACGAGAUCCGAGGCGUUGACCGUGGAGGAAAAUCUGAUCCAUAUGUUGUGUUCACUUUGAACGGCAGCAGAGUCUACAAGUCGCAAACGAAAAAGAAGACCUUGUCUCCAGAGUGGAACGAGAGCUUUGAAAUGACGGUGCCUUCACGUGUCGCUGCCGACUUCAAGCUGGAGGUGUUCGAUUGGAACCAGAUUGAGCAAGCAAAGAGCUUGGGUGUUGGUACUAUCGACGUGGUUAGCCUCGAGCCUUUCCAAGGAGUGGACCAGACCAUCCCCCUCUCCUCCGCCAAGCACGGUGAAAAGGGCUACGUCCGGUUGUCGCUUGUCUUCCAACCCAUGAUCAUCGCCAAACAGAGAAAGAACACUUCGACGUUCUCUACUGCCGGUCGGGCGAUGACGCAGAUCGGCGGCUUGCCUGUAUCUGCGGGCAAGGGUGUCUUCCAUGGCGUUACGGGAGUCUUCAAGCGGGACAAGGAUCGUGGUGACGAGAUCGCUGCUGCUCUGGCCGACGUACCAGCUGGACAGGCUUCACAACCUGUCGGUGCAACGGCUGAAGCCAUGAAUCCUGGUUUGGCUGCCUUCCCCACUUCGGAAACUGCGCCUGCGCCUUCGAACGAGCCUGGAACUUUGCGGGUUACUAUCAUGGAUGCCAAAGACUUCUCGAACUCAGACGUCAAGCCUUAUGCUGUGGUUCGACUUGGUGACAGGGAAUAUAAGACGAAGCAUGCUGGGAAAACGACCACGCCUGAGUGGAAUGAAUCGUUCAAGUUUGCGGCUUCGCGCUUGACACCCAAACUAUUCGUCACAAUCUUCGACCACAAGACGCUAGGCAAAGAUAAGGAAUUGGCGGACGGUGAAAUUGAUAUCUGGAGACACAUCCAACCGGCGGGUGUUUCAUCUGCUGAAGUUCUCGCGGAACUGAAGCAGGGUGGCCUCUUCCGUGUUCGAUUGGAAUUCGAUUCGUCAACCAACCCUUCAAGCAGUCGUGCAUCCAUCGCAUCAGGAGAGAAUGGUAUUACUAGGACAAUGUCUAUAGUGACUCCAUCCAGGUUCAGUCUGCGAGGCAAACGACCGGACGAUGAUUAGUCCGAGGGGCUUCGGACACUGUUGCAAUAUUCUCCUCGAAGUUCGUUCGUUGUUAUUAAUCUCUUUACCCCUUUAAAUGUUUCACGUACCGUAAUGUUUUUUGUUUACCCUCAUCUGUUUGUAGUAUGCAUAGCACUCAAUACAUGGACAAUAGUCACCGCCAA